AUGUCGGUGGACCCCCAGACGCGAGUUUUGGUCGAUGAGCUUCAUAGACUGGGAUUUGUUGUAGAACCAGCUGCUGUUUACUUGCUGCAGGAACGAUUUUGCUCUGAUCUUGAGCUUAGUCUUCUGGAUGAAGAGGAACGAGUCGCGGCACUAGCAAGCCUUGUGCAGCGCUUGCGGGAAACUGCACUCGAGCAGGGAACGCGAACAAUAUCCACGGAGGCAGUGGAGCGAACACUGAAACUGGGUUCAGGCGGCAGUUUCGGAACGGAUCGGAGUGGGACUGGCGCUGGCAUAACGAAACACGGGCGCGUGAACGUGGCGAACGGGUGGAAGCUCCAUGUUACCCGAGAGUUGAAGGAAACAGACUUGCUGCAACUGCCGCCCAUAGCCAAACGCAGGGAAGCGCUAGCGUUUCGAUAUCAGACGCUUUACAAAGAUCUUGAGCGUUGUUUGCAGAUAUCUGCUCUACGUAGGGAAGGUACAACACAGGAGAGUCCCUGGCCAAGGCAAGUCGUUCCUGUUGGCGUUUUGCGAUCUGCCCGUGCGAGCGAAAACCGCCUGCAGAUCGUGAUGGGCAUGCUCAGUGCUCAGGGUGUGGAUGAGUGGUUGCUCGAAGAUCCGACUGGAUCGAUCGCUCUUCGGCUACAUGGAGAACGUUCUGCUGUGGACGAUUACCGGCUCUGUGGCACGAAAUCGUGCUCGCUCGUGUGCGCAGGAUGUAUGCUCGUUGUAAUUGGCGUUUACGACCCGAUAGGAGAUGCGAUUGUCGUGCGCGAGCUUCGACAACCUCCGCUUUGUCCUGACUGGAGCAUGAAGUUGCUGCCGCUGGAAGAGACUCCGGAAUCAUCAGCACCGCUGAGCCAUGCGGGCGACCUGAGAUUCACUGGGACCACAACUCUGGAUGCUUCGCUGGACGCGCACGCCAGCGAUUGCUCGGUCAGGUUGCCUCACCCAGAGUCACCGCAGGUAAUGGAUGCUUCUCGCGGGAAUCUAUUGGCCGCGAAGGAUUUUCCUGAGGUACAUGGCGACGUAUCCGUGGCGCAGGAAUUACAAGGCAAUGUAUCUCUUCCUCGAGCGGAUCCUGAGAGCGAGGUCGAAUCCCUGGACGACCCGGACGGCGAACUGCAUAUUCUGUUUGCGGCCGAUUUGGCCCUUGAUGACAGCACCUCGUACGCAAAGUGGCGAAAGCUGCUCAGGGAACUCUACCUACCGAACGAAGCCUCAACGAUGCAGGGGACGAGCACACUGCCUCCGACCGAUGAAGCGGCCGAACACCCUUCCAGGCCAGAGGCCUCCUUGCCUCACUGCAUUUUUGUCCUUUGCGGGCCAUUCCUAGGUUCAAAAUGCAUGUCGUGGCCGCCAGUCACGGAGCCUGCCCAUGAAGAUGCACCAACGGCUGGUGCUGUGCAAGGCGAGUCCUCGCUCACGCCGAACGAGCAAGCGUUGCUUCUGGCUUUGCGACGUUUUGGGAAGAUGCUGGCAGCGUUCCGAGCCCCAUUGCGGUCGUCUGGCUCUGAGUUCAUUCUGAUCCCAGCGGAGCGGGAUAUGGAUUGCUUUGGUGAGGUGUUGCCGCGGCCGCCUCUGUCGAACCUCUUUGUGGAAACGUUGAGAGUGCAUAGUGGACUCCGAACUGAGCAGAUCCGCACGCUCUCGGAUCCAGCACGAUUCGAUGUGCUGCGGGGAGAGCGCUGCCGCUACAGCGUCCUCGUCCACGCAACGGAACGCCUGUGUGAACGUCUAGCUGCAGAAGCACUUCCAUGGCCAGCGGAACGUGAGCAGCGCAACUACGCUGCGGAUAUGCAGCAGUUCGCUUCCAAUGUUUUCCGCACGAUUCUUCACCAGCGUCAUGUCGCCCCGUUGCCUGUAUACAAGCAGCCUAUAUUUUGGACGUUUGACCGGCAAUAUUUAUGGACGCUCACAGACCCUAACCGUUUUGUUGAUUUUCUCGUGCUCGCCGACAAUACGCUUCCGUUGUGCAUGGAGACAUAUGCAGUUGGCGGCUUCGCAUCUCUCGCGGGCGGUCUCGAACCCAGCAUGGUUCUCUGCAUUGCCCCGGGAAGCUUUUCACGUGAUGGAACUGCAGUAUGGAUUCGGCUUACUGGUCAGGCGCAGCAGCGUAUUCAGCCACGAUCGCUGCAUCUCGUUGCAGGGCAACAAGCAGAGCCGAGCGACCUGUAG